AGCCCCGCCCCCUGUCAAGGCUUAACGUCUGCUGAUUGGCUGUCGCUCCGGAGUGUUGCAGGAAGCGCCCAGCUGGUCCGCUAUGGGAGACGGAAGUGUCGCCUGACUGGGGGUCGGUGUCCCUUGCGCGCUGUCACCGGGCUCAGUGCGAUGAGAGCAGCGGUGGCGGCUCCGGGUGGAUGAUGGCCGCGGUAAAGAGUCACAGCCGGGCGGGGAAAAGAGAGGAGGAGAACGGUGGUCUGGACCGCUCCCUCCAGCAGAUGAUCUCAGCCAUAGUGGACGAGAGGAACCGCCUCAAUAUUCGCCAGGAGAUCAGCGGCCUGGGCUGCUUUAAAGACGACCGCAUUGUAUUUUGGACAUGGAUGUAUUCCACCUAUUUUAUGGAAAAAUGGGCUCCACGGCAGGAUGACAUGCUGUUCUAUGUGCGACGGAAACUUUCUUACGUGAACACAGAUGGCACUGACGGAAAAAAGGUGACUAGCAGAGGCGUACCCCGCAGGCAGGUAGAAGUUGAAGUCUAUCGUAAGGAUUCUAAGAAGCUCCCUGGCCUUGGAGACCCCGACAUAGACUGGGAGGAGAGCGUCUACUUGAACCUCAUUUUGCAGAAGCUAGAUUACAUGGUGACCUGUGCAGUGUGUACUCGCUCUGAUGCUGGUGACAUCCACAUACAUAAGAAGAAAUCCCAGCAAGUAUUCGCUUCUCCAAGCAAACACCCCAUGGACAGUAAGGGGGAAGAGUCCAAGAUCAGCUAUCCCAAUAUCUUCUACAUGAUUGACAAUUUUGAGGAGGUGUUCAGUGAUAUGACGGUAGGUGAAGGAGAGAUGGUUUGUGUCGAGCUUGUGGCCAGCGACAAGACAAACACUUUUCAAGGAGUCAUAUUCCAGGGGUCCAUCCGCUAUGAGGCUCUAAAGAAAGUGUAUGACAACCGGGUCAGUGUGGCAGCCAAGAUGGCCCAGAAGAUGUCCUUUGGCUUUUACAAAUACAACAACAUGGAGUUUGUGCGGAUGAAAGGACCACAAGGGAAAGGACAUGCGGAGAUGGCGGUGAGCAGAGUGUCCACCGGAGACACCUCUCCAUAUGGUACAGAGGAGGAUUCAAACCCCAAUUCCCCCCUGCAUGAGCGGGUGACAUCGUUCAGCACUCCCCCCACCCCUGAACGGAACAACCGUCCUUCCUUCUUCUCUCCAUCCCUCAAAAGGAAAGUGCCGAGGAACCGAAAUGCUGAGAUGAAGAAGUCGCACUCGGCCAAUGAUAGUGAGGAAUUCUUCAGAGACAGCGAUGAUGGGGGAGAUAUUCAUAAUGUCACUAACUUGAGGUCGCGCUCGCUCUCUGGUACGGGGAGAUCUUUGGUGGGAUCUUGGCUCAAACUGAACAGAACUGACGAGAACUUCCUACUCUAUGCACAUCUCACCUACGUCACUUUGCCACUGCAGCGCAUCUUGUCCGAUAUAUUGGAAGUUCGACAGAAGCCAAUCCUGAUGUCAUAGCAGAAGAAGUUGGCACCGCCUUUCGGGAAAACUGAAUUUUCACUGCCAUAGUGCCUACCUGACCUGCAGUGGUUUCAUGUGCAACAACUACCAUCUGGUAUUUGCGCACCGAACAAAGACGAGCGAGGGAGAAGCCCGAUUCCUACCAGAUCGCAGUAGGAAAGGAAUAAAAACAAAGAAAUACCAGCCAGUCAAAAAGUGCCUCUUUUUAACCCUUUCAUCCUUCCCUUAAGAUGCUCGCUUAUGCCAUCUAGUGGUCUGGUGGGACUUUGUCACGUCAAAAAAGAAAAAAAAAAAGGGGGCUGCGUUUAAGAAACGGACACGCUUUAUAAACACUUUCUCCAUUACCUACGUUUACUGCGGGUGGACAGUGAGCGCGUUGGUGUACGCACGUCGCACGUGCUUUGGUCAGAGAUUUCAAUGAAUGUCACGCCGUGAUUCAGUGGGCUAUGGACUAACUUGGUAUUCUGGUGUCUCCGUCCAUCCUCCUGUUCUGCAAGUGAGCGAGAACGCAAGUUACGUGCGCAAGUGUCCGUGUCUGUUUUUUUCUUUUCUUUGUUUUUUGUUCAAUAUUUUAUAUAAAAUUUUGUGUGUAAAGGGAAAUACUGAGCAAAAGGACAAAUGUAAUCCUCUAAUACUUUUUUUUUUUUUUGUAUUAAACAACAACAACAAAAAAAAAGUUCUAUUAAAUGUAUUAACAAUG